AUGACAUUCCCGCUGCCAGUUGGGAAUCGAAAAACCAACCAGAUUCCACUCUGCCACCCACGCCUCGGUCUUUCCACAAUUCCUUCAAGACUACAUAAAAUUCCAAUCAAAAUCGUGGACAUCCCGCCGCCAAAUAUCUCAUUUGGAGAUGUCCCGAACGGUAAUUGCGGUGGUACCGGAGAUCGCAUCAAGGGCAUUCUGUCCGCCCUUUACACUGCCAUUUGUACCAAUCGCGUCCUCCUCAUUGAUUGGCCCGUAGCGGGAGGAGGCGACGUCUCCCAAUUUCUACAACCCCACACCAUUGAUUGGACCAUCCCCAAUUCCAUCAAGGCAUAUAUGCAAACAUUGGUCAAAUACAGUGCAGUGGACAGUUACUCCCACCCCUUUUUUCAACAAUUACAAAUACCCGCCCGUUUGGCGGACAUUCCCAUGAUUGAUAUGCGCUCAAAUCUAUGGAGUGAACACGUCAAUGCCGUUGUGUUGGUCAAUGACACGAAAUGCGUCCAAGAACAAUUGUGGACCAAAGAACCUGUACCCAAUCCAUUUGCACCACAACAAAAGGUACUCUUUCGCAUGGGAUACUGGGCACUCUUUACAUUUGCCGAUCAAGUACACGAACGAAAACUCAAUAUGCAAAUGAGAACGGGAUUGUUACUCGAACAGCAAUUGAAACGACAAGAACGAGAAGAAGCAAUGCAACAACAACCAACUAGACGACGAUUGCAACAAGAUCCCCUCCAAUUGAAAAUCAACCAGGCCGUACGGACUCAUUAG